AUGAGUUAAAUUAACAAACAAAUAAAAAAAUAAAUAAAUAAGAAACACAAAAAGAAUAAUAAAAGAAAUAUAUAUUAAAUAAAAGGUAAAAUAAAUUCAAAGAGUUAAUUUUAUUGUUUUAAAUUUAUAAAUAUCACAAUCUAAACAGAAUAAUUUGUUUUUACUAAAGAAAAAGUGUUAAAUUUUAGAGAUUAAUGCACUUUCCUAAUCCAAAACCUAAUCUUAAUGUACCCUCAUCACCAAUUUAAUUUCCUCUUAUUAAAUAGUGAAAGGAAAAAAAGAGUUAAUUAGUUAAAUAAAAGGAAGUAAUAAAGAAAAAAUAAGAAGUAAUAAAACAUUAAUUAAUAAUAAAAGCUAAAGUUGUAGAUUAAAAAAUGGGUUAAACUAACAAAAAAAACAAAGAAAUUAAAGAAAAAAAAAUUUAAACAUAAUUAAAAAAUGAAAAGCUAAUAAAUACAUCAAAAAAGUUAGUAAGUAAUAAAUAUAUUAUUUUAAAUUUAUUUUUAUUUUCAAAAAUAAAUAUAAUAAUUCAAAGCAAAAAAAUAUAUUGUACGAAAGAUCUAAUGUCAAAUUUGA